AUCCCGAACAUAAAUUUCAAUGCACCCGUGAUACGCUUGGGCUUAGAUGCGCAGCCGGAUCGAUCGGCUGGAGGAGAUCGUGGCGGUAGAGAUGGGAGAGGUCCUCACAACCAAGAAUCAGGCAAUCGUGGUCGACUCGGACUGGGCGCAGAUUCGGGCUCAAACAGGAACAUGGACCGGGAACGACAGCAGCUGCGUGAGAACAUGAUGGCGCUACAGCCGUUGAUGCGGGAGGAAGUCGCGCGCACCAUCUUCAUCGGCGGCCUGGUACCCGGGGUUCCUGAUGAUGAUCGACUGGAGACGGUCUUACGUUGUGCGGGCAAAUUACGACGAUGGACGCGAGGGUACGACGCAGAAGACAAGAAGUGCAAAUUCGGAUUCGCAGAGUAUGAGGAUGUGGAGAGCUUGGAGGCGGCGAGUGAGAUCCUCCCGGGCGUCAAAGUCCCGCUUUACAACGCGAGCGGAAAAGUGCAGAAGGAGGACGGUGAGACUGAUACGGUCAAAUCUGUACAGCUCCUGGUGGUGGUCGACGACCAAAGCAAGAAGUACAUUGAAGAUUGGACAAGUCGCAGGAAGGAGGAGGACAGUGCCCGACAAUUCCGGAUUGACGGGUGCAAAGAAGAUCUUCGGCAAACACUUGCCGCGCUGGCUAGCAACGAUUCUGCCGACGCAAGCACAGCCAAUGGUUUUCGGAACGGCACAGAUGGCACUGGUGACACAACAAUGGGCAAUGCAAACGGUGAAGCCAAUGGGACAGGCUCCGAAAUUGUGACGAUCCCUGUCGAACUCGAAGACGAACUCGCGGAUAUCCCUGCAGAAAUGCGGGCAACAGUUGCAGAGGAAAUCAAGGCCUUCCGCGAUCGAUCCAAUCGCCGCGAUUUGGAGCGGCUGCGCAAGGAAGAGGAGCUAGAACAGGAAGAGCGACGGAGGUCUGGGAUGCAAUCUCGUGCUGCGGCUCCUCUCGGGCCGCGGGGAAGUGCAGCACAGGGCGUACAAGGUGCUCCAUCCGGGCCAAAGGGUUUCCGAGGUGCACAGAUUCCGAGCGAUUACACCAACGGGGUCACGUUUGUGUCAGGGGCGGGCCCCAACGGUACCGCGGUCGCCAUCACCGUAGAUCGUGAAGACGAGACGGCAGACGAGUCGGAUGAGGAACUGGAGAGGCGCCGGCAAGAAAAGAGAGAGGCAGAGCUCGAAGAGCAGUACGCCGAUGCCGUGCGCAGGUGGCAGAAUCGCGAGCGUACGCGUGCUGCAGCUCAAGAACGCGAAAGAACUCGCGAAGAGAUUGAGCUGAAGAAGCAGGCAGCAGAACGCGACCGCAUACUCUCUCAUCUAGAACGAUGGGACGACGACAAGGAAGCCCGCGACAUGAGAGAAGAAUACUACGCAAAUCGGUCGGGAUGGGUCCGUCGACGUGCGGCGGCCCGUGAAGCCGAAGCUCGGAGUGAUGACCGAGACCGUCAAGCCGAGCAACGCGAGAAAGCCGAGGAGCGAAAGCAAGAGGCAGAGGCGCGUGGCUUGGCGGAUAAUUUCCUCGAUCAGAUGGGUAUCAGUAUGCCAACCUCCAAGACCGACGGGCAGGCCAACGCGACGGCAGGCACAGGCUUCGGAGGCUUCAAGAUCAAUCUCGGGACAUCAUCUAAGAAUCAAGCCACCAAGGCCACAUCCGCACAACCCGCGACGGAGAUCGAAGGUCUGCUUGAAGACGAAGAGGAUGCAGUCGAAGCCGGCAUUCGUCGACCCGAGCUCAAACCUUUGACCGACACGUCGACCGUGCCACUGAACGGCGAAGGGCUCACCGAUCAGGAGAAGCGCGAGGCUCAACGGGACCUUGCUGCGGAGAUGCCGACCAACGCAGACGCCAUCUUUGCGUAUCCGAUCCGAUGGGCAUCCGUCACACCGACAAUCAUCAAUGACCAUUUGCGGCCUUUCAUCGAGAGAAAGGUGGUCUAUUACCUGGGCGUGCAGGAGGAGCUCUUGGUCGAUACGCUUCUCGGGGGUAUCAAGGAGAGACGGAACCCGAGAGAAUUGGUCAAGGAGUUGGAGCCUGCGCUCGAGGAUGAUGCCGAGAGUCUAGUGACCAUCGUGUGGAAGCUGGUGGCUCUGUCCGCGGAGGUGGAAGGCCGUGGGCUA